AUGAAGAAGUUCCGGAAGGUGCUGGACGGUCUGACCACGUCGUCUCCGGUCAGUGCUGGAGGCUCUCCGUCGUGCGGCAGCGCUGCUGGAACUCCCACUGCAGCAGCGACUCCGCGCGAGCUGGACAUCCAGGAGACCCUCAUGGCGGAGCACUUCCACAUCUGUAAGACUGUGCGUCAUGGCUUCCCCUACCAGCCCACAGCUCUAGCGUUUGACCCUGUGCAGAAGAUUUUGGCUAUUGGAUCUCGCUCUGGAGGAGUGCGCAUUCUGGGACGGCCAGGAGUGGACUGCUAUUGUCAGCAUGAGAGCGGAGCGGCUGUACUGCAACUGCAGUUCCUCAUCAACGAGGGUGCGUUGGUCACAGCCUGUGCAGAUGACACUCUGCAUCUCUGGAACCUUCGGCAGAGACGUCCAGCAAUACUGCAUUCGCUCAAAUUCAACAGAGAGCGGAUCACAUUUUGUCAUCUUCCGUUCCAGAGUAAAUGGCUUUACGUUGGAACGGAGCGAGGAAAUACACACAUUGUCAACGUUGAGUCAUUUAUUUUGUCUGGAUACGUCAUUAUGUGGAACAAGGCCAUUGAACUAUCAACAAAGACACACCCAGGGCCUGUUGUCCACCUGAGUGACAGCCCUAAAGAUGAAGGGAAGCUACUAAUUGGCUUUGAGAGCGGCACUAUAGUGAUGUGGGACCUGCGAUCAAAAAGAGCUGACUUCAGGAUUUACUAUGAUGAGGCGAUUCACUCUGUUAGUUGGCAUCACGAAGGACGGCAGUUCAUGUGCAGUCACUCGGAUGGAAGCCUCACCAUGUGGAACCUAAGAAACACAGCCAAGCCCUUCCAAGUCACCUUCCCUCAUGGCAAAUCUCAGCGAGAUGGCAGAAAAGAAUCAUGUAAGCCAAUUCUCAAGGUGGAGUACAAGACCUGCAGGAACAGUGAGCCCUUCGUCAUCUUCUCUGGAGGUCUGUCAUAUGAUAAAGCAGGCAGGAGGCCCACUUUAACCAUCAUGCAUGGCAAAGCCAUCACAGUGUUGGAAAUGGAUCAUCCUAUAGUGGAGUUCCUCGUGCUCUGCGAGACACCCUAUCUUAAUGAGGUGCAGGAGCCAUAUGCAGUGGUCGUGAUACUGGAAAAGGAUUUCAUUGUGGUUGAUCUUACACAGAGCAAUUUCCCAAUUUUUGAGAACCCCUACCCCAUGGACAUCCAUGAGUCUCCAGUCACCUGCACAGCUUAUUUUGCUGACUGUCCCCCUGACAUCAUCCCUGUGCUAUACUCCAUAGGAGCAAAACACAAAAAGACUGGCUACAGUCACAAGGAGUGGCCAGUGAGUGGUGGUACAUGGACACUCGGUUCUCAAACAUAUCCAGAAAUUAUUAUCACAGGACAUGCAGACGGAUCGAUAAAGUUUUGGGACGCCACAGCCAUCACGCUGCAGAUGCUGUACAAGCUGAAGACGUCGAAGGUGUUUGAGAAGGCCAAGGGCAGUGAGGGGGGGCGCAGUGCUGAGCUGGUGGAGGAAGACCCCUACGCAGUGCAGAUGGUCAGCUGGUGUCCCCAAAGCCGCAUCUUCUGUGUGGUGGGCAUCAGUGCCCAUGUCAUAUUGUACCGCUUCAGCAAACAUGAUACCAACACCACUAUCACGGCUCUGGAGGUGCGUCUGCAGUGUGACAUGGAGGAUGUAAUUUCACCAUCAGAUACAGAAAAUACAGUGUGUGUAACAGAUGUGGGCACUCACUCGCCCCAGCCACCCAGCCCGCGCAGUAACACUCCGGAUAGUGUGAGAGACAGCAUCCCCUGCCUAAAGGUAAAAGAUCGCAUGAUAUGGAUGCCCCCUGGUUACCAAGCCGAACUUGUUAUCCAAUUGCUAUGGGUUGACGGAGAGCCACCUCAGCAAAUCACCAGCCUGGAUUUAAACUCCGCCUAUGGCCUGUUAGCUCUAGGUAACUGCAAUGGUCUGGCAGUGGUGGAUUAUCUGCAGAAGACGGUGAUAGUGUGCAUGAGCACUCUGGAGCUGUAUGGCUCGGCUGACCCCUUCCAACGCCUUACACGUUCCCCCCGCAAGAACCGCCAGUCCACAUCAGACUUUUGCAUGCGUGGCCUGUCUAACUUUUAUUCAGAUUCAAAGAAACGGAUCCGUACCUCCUACCAGAGCCUUACGGAACUUUCUGAUAACCAGGUAUCUUUGGACCUGGAAAGGAGCAAAUCACCCACCUCAGAUCAUGUGAAUGGACAUUGCACUAGUCCAACUUCGCAGCCAUGUGUAUCUGGGAGACCCCGUGCUCCAGGGGCCCCUGAAGGGCCUCGUCUCACCCGCCGCGGGCCUGGACGACCGCCAUUCCGCAAGGCCCAGUCAGCCGCAUGCAUGGAGGUCUCUUUGCCUGUGUCCUCCCUCACCGAAGAGAGUCGGGAAAAUUCAUUCAGUCGAUCACGGAGUUCCAGCGUCUCCAGUAUAGACCGGGACACCAAAGAGGCUGUGACCACGCUGCAGUUUGCAGAGUCGUACGGCCGCAAGUCAGAUGCACUGCCUACACCAUGUUUAUGGGUGGGCACCAGCCUGGGCCUUGUUCUGCUAGUGCCCUUAUCCAUUGCCACUGAUGAGCAGGAGAGGCUAGAGGAACCCGUCACCGUUGCACCCACCAGCACAGUCUUAAUGCUGAAAGGUUCGGUCCUGCAUUUUGGGUUUCUGGACUGCACUGGUGCUUUGAUCCACAGUGCAUAUGAGGUGUGGAGAAAUCCGCAUGGCACUGAGGACCCUGAUCGGCCACGCAGGAGAAAGUUGGUCAACUUUUCACCCUGUUCCUCGCAGGAAGCCAGCGGCGAGGGCCAUCUGGCUGUUGUGUGCUCUGAGCGCCAAGCCAAGGUCUUCCUCAUGCCCUCACAGGCCUGUCUCUAUGUGCACAACAUCACUGAGUCAUCAUUCGUACUACGUGCUGAUGUGGUAGCCGUCUCCAACAGCGUGUGCCUGGCCUGCUUCUGUGCCAACGGACAUGUCAUGAUCCUCAGCCUGCCAAGUUUACGGCCUCUGUUGGAUGUACACUACCUGCCGCUAACAGACAUGCGCAUUGCUAGAACAUUCUGUUUCACCAAUGGUGGUCAGGCCCUCUACCUGAGCUCUCCGACAGAAAUACAGCGCAUCACCUACAGCCAGGAGAUGUGUGAUAAUUUGCAGGAGAUGCUAGGGGAGCUUUUCACACCCACUGAGACCCCUGAGGCACAAAACCGAGGCUUCCUGAAGGGAUUUUUUGGGGGCAACGCACAGACUUUUGACCGAGAAGAGCUCUUUGGUGAGGCAGCAGCAGGGAAAGCUUCUCGAAGUCUGGCCCAGCAUAUACCGGGCCAGGGCAGCGUGGAGGGCAUACGAGUAGCAGCUGGCGGGGCAGUGGGUGAUCUUGCCCGUGCUCGCAUUGCCCUGGAUGAGAGAGGACAGAGACUAGGAGAGCUGGAGGAGAGGACGGCUCAAAUGAUGGCCAGCGCCGAGACCUUCUCCAAACACGCUCAUGAGCUGAUGCUGAAAUGCAAAGAUAAGAAGUGGUAUCAGUUUUAAACGAGUUAGUCUGGAUGAAGGCUAUUUCUGCUCAUCAACCAAAAGAGGGCACUCCUCUGGAACAUGGACCUUUGCUUUUUAAAAGAGUGGUUGAGAGGUGCUUAGGGCUGUUCCUUCUCUCUGGGGCUAUGUAUACAGGACUAUACUUCUUAAUCAGACUGGUUUGACAGACUGAAGACAAUAACUGAUGGACAGGUACCAUUAGCAUUAACAACUUUGGGGUUGUUCCUCCCCCCAUAUGUUAUGGAUUAGACCAUCCUUCAUUCAUGUACAAGGGCCAGGGUCUUCUUACAGGAGGAAAAUUGGCUCUUGCU